AUGACAGAAGAAUUAAAUUCAAGUCUUGACUCUUUAGAAUUAGAAAUCUAUCAUCGACCUAAUCCUAAGAUAUAAUCUAUUCUUAAUUACUUAAGAAAAAUCGAUUUAAAAUUUUGCACUAAUCCUAAAAAAAAAUAAGAAGAAUACACAUAGAGAAAUACUGAAACUUCUAAAGAAGGAUUUUCGUUGCAAAAUAAUAAGUUUUUUAAUCGAAAAUAAACAAAUAAAAAUAUUGACUGUGCCGUUCUUUGA